UUUCUUCUUCUUCUUCAUUUCAAACCCUCUGCAACUUUUCUAGAGAGAGAAAGAGAUGGAGUCCACUAAGACGGCAAUGGAGGCGUUCGAGAAGCUAGAGAAAGUCGGUGAAGGAACGUACGGCAAAGUGUACAGAGCACGAAACAGAGCCACCGGACAAAUCGUUGCGCUUAAGAAAACCAAGCUUCAUGAAGACGAUGAAGGAGUUCCGCCUACAACGCUUCGAGAGAUCUCUAUUCUCAAAAUGCUCUCACACGAUCCUCAUGUUGUUAAGCUGAUGGAUGUGAAGCAAGGUGUGAAUAAAAAUGGGAGUACAAUUCUCUACUUGGUGUUCGAGUACAUGGAGACUGACCUGAAGAAAUUCAUUCGAUCCUAUCGUCAAACUGGUGAUAACAUUCCACCCAAAAUCGUCAAGAGCUUGAUGUACCAACUUUGCAAGGGAGUUGCUUUCUGUCACGCACAUGGUGUAUUACACAGGGAUCUUAAACCGCAAAACCUUUUGAUGGAUCGAAAGACAUUGAUGCUUAAGAUAGCUGAUCUUGGACUUGCCCGAGCUUUCACUGUACCUAUUAAGAAGUACACACAUGAGAUUUUGACCCUUUGGUAUAGGGCUCCUGAAAUCCUCUUGGGUGCUACCCAUUAUUCGACCGCUGUUGACAUGUGGUCUGUUGGGUGCAUAUUCGCUGAAGUAGUCACAAACUUCGCCAUUUUCGCUGGAGAUUCUGAACUUCAACAGUUGCUGCAAAUUUUCAGGUUGUUGGGUACUCCGAAUGAAGAGAUCUGGCCAGGAGUGAGCGAUCUUAAGGACUGGCAUGAAUUUCCACAAUGGAAACCGAAGCUAAUUUCAUCUUCUGUACCGAAUCUGGAUCAAGAUGGCCUCGAUCUGCUUUGGAGAAUGUUGCAGUAUGAACCAUCAAAAAGGAUUUCAGCUAGGAAAGCAAUGGAACAUCGAUAUUUUGAUGAUAUCGACAAGACCAAUCUUUGAAAUGUGUCAUCUAUGCUUAUCUCGAGCAAAGUUGACCUUAUUACGGUAUUACCAUGUCUGAAAGUUGACUUCUGAUUUUGGAGCUUAUGAUGCCACUUGAAUAGUAUGCUAUGGUUUUGUGGUUCUUGAAGUGUAACUACAACUUUUACCCGACAUAUAAUAUCUAGGGAAAUUCAUUAAUAGUAUUUUGACUGGCUAAGGUUGAAAAAAUAUUGACA